UUAGACGGGCAGUGUGUAAGCGUCGCGACUGCCAAUACCUAACAACGCUACAACCCAACAUCUGAAGUGCACAAGUCAACAGUCGGCCACUGAAUGCGGCCUCCAAGGCGAGCUGUCUGAUCUGGAAAAGACACUUUGAGCGCCUUCAAAGCAAGCGUUGCGCGAUAACUAACAUGGAGGACGAAAGCGCGCUCGUCAAAAAGCUGGCGGGGCUGCCGGAAACGGACCCGGAGUUCGCCUGCGUUCUGAACGACUUGGCCGUCCUAAGACUGGGGCAGGGUAAAACAGCGGAAGCCCAGAAGAUGCUCGAAAAGGUUCGGACCCUCAGAGCAGAUGCGCUGGACGCGCCGCCACCGCCUGCAACGGCAGCGGAGCCGGAAAACGCCGCCACGCCGCCGCCGGCUGCUCGGCCCCGGGCAACAGGGCAUGGCGGAUUGGGCGGCGGUGUUGCCAUGUUCGCUCGCGCUCUGGGUGGUGGCCCCAUGAGACCACGCUCAGCACGCGCUGGUAGCACCGGCGCUGUCGCAAGCGCCGAUGCCGCUGGCGGCAGUAGCAGCAGAGACAGUCGCAGCCCGGCGGCACGCGCACCUACCGAGGAUCGCGCAAUUGGCACGGCUAGGUCAGAGCCGUCAUCUCGACUACGGUCCGCUCGCAACUCUAAGGAGGACGAUGCCAAGUCCCAGCAUGGCGCUGGCAGCAGCAGCGGACCUGGUGGCGCGGCGGCGGCGGCGGCGGCUCGGUCUAAUGCAGCUGCUGCGUCCUCCGCCCCAGUGACACCGCCGCGGGGCGGCGGCGCCAGCGCUUCUGGCGGUGGCCGCACGCCGCCGCAGCAGUCUGCAACAAGGGGCGGUGGUGGAGAGGGAGGCCGUAAAGGUGGCUGUGCAGAGUCCUCAACAGCAGGGGCACCGGCAGGGGCAGCAGAGGCAGUCACGACGGACGCCGCUGCGACCACGGCUGCGGCGGCAAGCGCCGCAGCCGCUGCCGCAUCGGCGGCCCUGACUGGCAGCCGCAAACCCUCUUCAUUGUCUUCAAGGACAGAGCAACAGCAGCUGCAUCCAUUUAAAGAGCAGAAACAAGAGAAGGAGCAGCAGCUGCAGCAAGGCGAGCAGGCGCAGCCGAACAAGCAGGGGCAGCAGCAACAAGAAAAGCAGGACAAGCGGGAGGAAAAGGAGAAGCAGGACAAGCCGCUGCCACAGCAGGCGCAGCGGCAGAAGCAAGAAGGGAAGCGCGAGGAAACGGAGCCGGCAAGAGCGCCUGCGGCUGCGCCGCCUGUGCCAGCGGCCACGCCCUCGAGGCAAACGCCGCACACCGAGGCGCCCGCUGUGGGUACAGAUAAGGCGGAGGCCGCUACAGCAGCGCCGCCCGCGCCCGCUCCUGCGCAGGCCAGCGAGAGGAAAAGCGUCGAUCGACGGGUCGGGGCAGGGGGCUUGGGCAGCAUUGAGGCCAGCAUUGGGGAAACCAGGGAGGACAACGGGGACGACGGUGAUGGCGACGGCGGCAGCGAGCCGGCCGCGGCCGCUGUGAACGCCGCCAAGAUGGCCGCCGCUGCGUCCGCUGCUGCUGCCGUCGGCCUGGGCGGCCUCGGCGGCGGCGAGUGCCGACACGUUGUGGAGGUGCACGGCCUGACCACUGAGACACGCACCCACCACCUGGAGGAGUUCGUGGGUGUGGUGUGCCCUCAGGAUGGCCGGCCGCAGCCGCUGGUCAAGUGGGUAGAUGACAACCACGCACUUAUUGUGUGCUCCGACCAGGCCACAGCCAUGCUGCUGCUGCAGGACGAGCAGGAGCUGUUCCAGCUGCGGCCCUUCACCGAGGCCUCCGCCGGGGCCAAGGCUAUGGCGGUAUCAGAGCUGCUGCCUCCGCGCGAGCGGCCCAAGACCACGGCGGCCGUGGCGAGGCUCAUGUUGAGCCACGCGCUGGGCAUGCGGGAUCUGCGCGACCGCGGCGCAGAGCGAGACCUGGCGGCGCAGCGCAAGGCGGCACGGGAGGCGCGGCGGGAGCGGGAGACGAAGGUAGCGGCUGCCUGGGACGACGACUGAGUACCCACAGCCUGGGUGCGAGCGCCUUGGACUUGCUGUCAGCAGAGUAGCGCGAUGGCGGGGUGGCUUGGACAGAGAGUCUAACGCGAUACAACAAACACGCAUGUGCAGGGUUACCCAAUUCCCGCUUUCGGUGUUACCAUGGGCGUGGGACAUAUGGGGGGUGCGCAUGUAGGUUUGCACGGUUUCAGAGUAUUGGGCCGUGGGGCCUGGCCAGUGCAUACCGUUUGGCUACUGCCACCUUGCUGACUUCAGUGGGUGACGUAGGUGCCAUGCUAGUAACUUUGGGCAUUCCCGGCGCGGCAGGGACAGCAACUGGAGCUGCACGAUAACCGUGCAUGUAUAAAUAACUCCCUAGAAUGGUUUCGUUCUGGCGUGAGGGACGUGGAUGACUGCUGGCGUAUUACUGCUGCUAUGGGGCGUUUUGUGCAUGUGAGCCAAUUUUGCAUGGGCUUGCCGCCAAGCGUCGGCAAGCGGCUGAGUAAGCGCCGGCUGUGUUGGGCACCCUGCGCGGAAAUGCGAAGACAGACAUCCAUGUUCUUGCGCCCUGCAUGACAUACAGGUGUACUGUAGGUGAGCAUUGCAUGACAUACAGGUGUACUGUAGGUGAGCAUUGCAACGCGCGAAUGACAAUUGACAAAUGCGAGAAGCACUGAUCUGGUGGAUGGUGGGUGGGGGUUGACACGCGCGCACGGCUGGUGAUGCGGUGUCUAGCCUGCAACGCGCACCGUUUGCAAGGCCAUGAGCCCAUGACGCAUGUGGGAGAUUCUGGCAAACGUCUCGUUAGGCGAGGAACGGAGGAAGGAUAGAAGGACGCUGAUGGCCUCAAAUGUUAUGGAGGCUGACAGCCGCGCUGCACGAGUCUUGCUCGGCAUGGUCACGCAGGUCUGGCCAGGUCUGGCGUAUACGGUAGAUGCUCGACGAUCGGGGACACG